AUGGCCCCAUUGCUCUCGCUUCGGUCGGCUCCCGAGCGGACUCGCACAGCCCGAGGCCGACGAUCUCGGCUUGUGCAUAUAACGGGAGGCUCCUCCUAUUGGGAAUGCAAGUCCUGGUACUCCGUACUCUUACGACUCUCCAUCCAACAUGCCAUCUUCGGAAACGCCCUCUCUCACGCUGUUCCGGGGCUUCCCCGAAACCGGCUGCUACACAUGGUCUCCUUUUUCACCAAGCUCGAGGCGCGUAUGCGCUUCGCCGGCUUCAACUACACCGUCGAACAAGGCUCGAUGCGCACGGCCCCUCGUGGCAAGAUUCCCUACGUGGCCAUCACGGAGGAUGAGGGCAGCCGCAGCUGCCCGCCAGUGGUCAUAGGAGACUCAAAGCUUAUUAUGCAAACUCUGGUUCAACGUGGAUUCCUCCCUGACCUUGAUGCACAUCUGCUGCCGGCGGAGAAACUGCAUGACCUUGCCUUGAAGGCGCUUGUCGAGGACAAACUCUAUUUCUAUCAGAUGUACGAGAAAUGGAUCCUCAACUUCUACACUAUGCGCUCCAAGAUUCUAGCCGCGCUACCCUGGCCAGUUCAAGUCGUCGUCGGCCACCUGAUCUACCGUAAAGUCAGCCGAACCCUAAAUGGCCAAGGGACCAUGACCUUCUCGGUCGACGAGAUCGGCGUCUUCCGGCAGGAGAUCUGGGAGGGCAUCAAUGCCGCCGUCUUGGCAGCGCAAUCGCGGAGUGGCAACCAUGAGGGCCUGUUCUGGAUCUGGGCUGGGGAGGCACGCACCGAGACCGAUGCAGUGCUUUUUGGAUUCAUCGUGUCGGGGGCUCCUGAUAGCCAGCGGAUCAUCCGAAGCUUUCCUGCUCUGAUGGAGUAUGCGCGCAAGAUCCAUGACCGGUAUUUCCCCAAUUAUGACCUCUGGAAUGAAGCUGAAACGGUCGAGAUUAAAUAA